UGCCGUUUGCAGUUAUUUGCGGAUUGCAGGAUGAUGGGGUUGCAGUGGCCGGUGAAGCUGGUUGUUUGUUUGGAUCGUUCCGCAGUGGCGUGAUAAGACCGGGUAAAGUUACCAGCACCCCGUCCAAAUUGCGAACGUCUUGCUAUCGUGUGGUUUUUAAGCAUUGUUAGCAAGUAGUGACACUGCUGUCAAACUGUCAAAACUAUACAACCGCGCAUUAGCAAGAAUCGGCUCGAGGAAGUAGCAAGUGAUCACGUAAUCAAGAAACAGCAGAUUUUUGGCCACGCAAUUCCAGUGCGGCCAACAUGAAAGAUCUUCCUCUCCAACGAAAAAUGCCGACAGUUGCCAGCGCAGCAAUCCCUCCUACCCGCACGUCAUCAAGACGUACGAAGGGAAAGGCCAAUCAGCCAGGCCGGUCCAUGGAAGCUGGUAAAGGAUCAUCCCGUACCAUUCAACCAUGUGAGAUAAUUGAAAUCGAAGACGAUCCCAUGGACCCGGUUCCGGGGCCGUCCGUUCCUAUUCCUUCCCAACAAGCACAGACCUCGCAACGCGUAUGUAAUGACAAGGGGAUUGAGGUGAGGAUGAACAAUCAAUCAACUCAGACUAGUGAGGCAACGGGCAAGAGCAGUCCUCGAGCCUCAAGUGCGCCACGGAAGCCUUCCCUGCAGGUAUCGAUCUUACCGCCCCAGGGUCAAUCUUCCGGAGCGAUCCUGACAAUACGUACACCAAUCGAGAUCAAGGAUGGACCUGUUGCCUGUGUCGAGGGCCAUACCUCAACGGCCCGUCCAAUAGCACCAAUACAACCAGCCGUACGCUCAACCGGUACAUCCACGGAGGCCGGUGGUGCAUCCGCUUCUUCCGCCACGCCGACCGUACCGAAGCAGCAGACCGCCUGGCAACGAGCAGUCAAUGCGAUUUCGAUGGACGACGAUGUGGACUUAACGAGCCUGGUGCAGGAACUCCAACCGUACGUAACCCGUCUGCCAACCAUCAAAAAGCUGAUGAUUUACAAAAAAAUGCUCGAAAUGGUGCAGGAAGAGUACGUAAAAGAGGUGAAGAAGCAGUGCCCGAACACUCGCACAGACCAUCCAUAAGGCUGAUCCGUUACAAUAGAAUUCAUUAAUUUUGAACACUAACUGAACUACUGUCCACCGUUUUGAACGCGUCGGAAUGCGUUCUUAAGAUAAAUAUAGAAGCCAUUGAACU